GUUAGUAUCUGUAAUAUCACUCGAAGAGUUAAGAUAUCGUAAAAUAUUCGCAAUUUGAUUUCAAACAUGUAUAGUCGACUCUUGUUAAAAGUGAAUAGACAUUUUCAAUCAAAUUAUAAAGUGUUGAGCGCAAGAAAUUUGAGUGUCAGUAAUGUACUUAGAAUUGAUGAGAAUUUAUUCCCUAAAAGAGAUGAGUUUACAAGUCGACACAUUGGUCCUAGGGACAUAGAUAUAAUAACUAUGUUAGAUAGCUUAGGAUUUAAAAGUUUAGAUGAAUUAACCAACAAAGCCGUUCCAAAGAAAAUAAGAUUAGAUAAACCUCUUGAUAUUGAGGAACCUUUAGGGGAAUACGAGUUGAUCAAGAAAAUAACAAAUAUCGCUGAGAAAAAUCAAAUAUGGAGGUCCUAUAUAGGUAUGGGAUACCACAAUUGCUGCGUGCCUCACGCAUUGAUGAGAAAUAUCUUCGAAAAUCCAGGAUGGACCACAUCUUAUACACCAUAUCAACCAGAGAUUGCCCAAGGUCGACUGGAAAGUUUUCUGAACUAUCAGACCAUGGUUUCUGAAUUGACAGGAUUGGACGUCUCCAAUGCUUCCCUACUCGAUGAAGGAACAGCUGCAGCUGAAGCACUGUCUUUAUGCUACAGACACAACAAGAGGAAGAAGAUGCUCCUCUCUGACAAAUUACAUCCUCAAACAAUAUCUGUCGUGGAAACAAGAUCGAAAUCUUUAGGAUUAGAAAUCGAGGUUGGCAAUGUAUUCAAUUUUGAUUUUAGCAAUCACGAAAUUGCUGGUGUUUUGUUUCAAUAUCCUGACACUGAAGGAAAUGUGAUGGAUUUCUCCAAAGUUGUCGAGGAUGCCCAUGCCAACGGAACCCUGGUUUGUUGCGCUACUGAUCUUCUAAGUCUAACUCUCCUACACCCACCAAGUGAUUUUGGAGUAGACAUUGCAAUAGGAACCUCUCAAAGGCUUGGAGUUCCCCUAGGUUACGGUGGACCUCAUGCUGGAUUCUUUGCUUGUAAUCAAUCUUUGGUUAGAUUGAUGCCAGGAAGAAUGGUUGGUGUAACAAGGGAUGCUGCUGGUCGAGAUGGAUACCGAUUGGCUUUACAAACGAGAGAACAGCAUAUAAGAAGAGAUAAAGCUACUAGCAAUAUCUGUACCGCUCAAGCCUUACUUGCUACAAUGUCAGCAAUGUUUGCUGUCUAUCAUGGACCACAAGGUUUGAAAGAUAUAGCUAGUAGAGUGCAUAAUUUGUCUUUGGUGCUUAAUUAUGGACUACAAGAAGAUGGAAAUCAACAAGCCAAUAAAUUGUUUUUUGACACCCUUAGGAUUCAUCCAAGGAUAGGUGUGGAAGAGGUUAAAAAACGUGCAAAUGAGAAAAAAAUCAAUUUACGUUACUAUGACGAUCAAGGAGCUGUGGGAGUAUCUUUAGAUGAAACAGUUACUGUAGAAGAUGUUAAUGAUCUUUUUUAUGUAUUUGGUAGUAAUCACACAGUAGAGGAAUUAACCCAAAGCGCUUUGAGACCUCGUGUGAAGGAAGCCUCCAUCAGUAACAGCCCUUUCAAGAGAACAUCACCCUUCUUAACUCACCCAGUUUUCAAUUCGCACCAUUCAGAAAACAGAAUUGUUCGUUAUAUGAAGAUAUUAGAAAAUAAGGAUGUUUCACUAGUUCAUUCCAUGAUACCUUUAGGAUCUUGCACGAUGAAACUGAAUGCAACCACAGAAAUGAUGCCAUGUUCUUUCAAGCAUUUCACUGACAUGCAUCCAUUUGUUCCUGCUGAGCAGGCUCUUGGUUACAAGCAGCUUUUUGAAGAGUUGGAAAGGGACUUAUGUGCAAUUACUGGCUUUGAUAACAUCAGUUUUCAACCAAAUAGUGGUGCACAAGGAGAAUAUGCAGGUUUGAGAGCCAUUCAAUGCUAUCAGGAAGCGAUAGGAGACGGUCAAAAAAAUAUAUGUUUGAUACCCGUGAGUGCCCAUGGUACGAAUCCUGCAAGUGCCCAAAUGGCAGGUAUGAAGGUUGAAGCUGUUAAGGUGAAACAAGAUGGUUCAAUCGACAUGGAUGAUUUGAAGAGCAAAGCUGCAAAAUUCAGUGGCAGACUAUCAUGUUUGAUGAUAACUUACCCUUCCACCUUUGGCGUGUAUGAAGAAACUAUAGCUGAUGUCUGUGAUAUAAUACAUAAGAAUGGUGGUCAAGUCUAUAUGGAUGGAGCUAAUAUGAACGCUCAGGUUGGACUGUGUAGACCAGGUGAUUAUGGUUGUGACGUAUCUCAUCUGAAUCUGCACAAGACUUUCUGUAUUCCUCAUGGUGGUGGGGGACCUGGUAUGGGUCCUAUUGGAGUAAAAUCCCACUUAGCGCCAUAUCUACCAGGACAUCCUGUUGUAAAUCCCUUGGGUGAGAAUGGUACCACCAAUGGUGGAGCUGUGAGUGCUGGUCCAUUCGGCUCUGCAGCCAUUCUUCCAAUCUCAUGGGCAUACAUCAGGAUGAUGGGUGCUAGAGGCUUGAGAAAAGCUACCCAGGUCGCCAUUCUUAACGCCAACUAUAUGUCUAAAGUUCUGGAGCCAUACUACAUAACACUAUUCAAGAGCCCCACCACCAAUUUGUGCGCUCACGAAUUCAUUUUAGAUGUGAGAGAAUUCAAGAAGACUGCCCAUAUCGAGGCACAUGAUAUCGCUAAGAGGCUGAUGGACUAUGGUUUUCACGCCCCAACUAUGUCCUGGCCAGUUACUGGAACCCUGAUGAUUGAACCUACAGAAUCUGAAGAUAAACAAGAACUUGACCGAUUCUGUGACGCUAUGAUCAGUAUAAGACAAGAAAUAAAAGAUAUAGAAGAGGGUAGGAUGGACAUUAGAGUUAAUCCGUUAAAAAUGGCUCCUCAUACACAAGAACAAGUGACGAGUUCAACUUGGGAAAGACCCUACUCUCGAGAACAAGCAGCUUUUCCUGCACCUUUCGUUAAACCAGAAGUUAAGGUGUGGCCUACUGUAGCAAGAAUAGACGAUAUCUAUGGUGAUAAACAUUUGGUUUGUACAUGCCCACCUAUCCUAGAUGAAUAUAAUUAUUAAGUAAGCAAAUGUGUGUUCACUAAGAAACAUUUUGUUCAAUUGAAAUCAUUAUCUACUUUUCACAAUUUCUAAGGUCAUAAAAAAUGAUACAAACCAUUGUAAUUAACAUAAGGAAGUUGAGGUUAAGUUAGGUUAAGAUUAUUGUAAGUGGAAUUAUAGAAUUUUUGGACAAUCCUAGAAAAACGAUUGAAAAAGAAAACUAUUUAUUGAAUUAUUUUCAACAACUUUUCAUGGAAAUAUAUAAUUCGCUAACAUUGUUUUUAUCGAGAACAGAUGUGGCACAGCGCAUACUUAUGGAAAAUACUUAACUUAUCUAGUAAUCACAAAAUUUAUGCUUUACAUCAUUUGACGAAUCUAAUUGUCAUUCAACAUAUAUAAAUGGUUGUGAAUCGAUGAAUGAAAUAAAUAUGUGAAAAAGAAAUUGAAUAGAGAAAAAAGAGAAGAAAAGUUUAAUGUGAUGAUGAUUGAAUUAUUUAUGAGUGAUUUCAAUUUUACUUCGUGGAAUCGCCGAAAUGAAUGAUGUAGAUUUUUUAAAAACUUAUAUAUUCAUUUGUUUUUGCUUCCAUCUGCCCUAUCGAAAACACUGGAAUACAAAAUUGACUUGAUUAUGAAUGGAAUUAGUUUGAAUUUUUUUGUCGCUUAGGAUUUCAUUCUAAAAAUAUUCUAUUAUGCGAACAAUCAGGUUAUUAAUGAUAUUCUGUUUGAGAAGCGGAAUUUUCGCUGAUUAUAUUCAUUCAGUAACAAAACAGUUUCAAAUUUUUUCACCCACAUACAUUUCUGUAAAUAUAUUUGAUUAAAAGUU